CUAAUCUGCCGGAAAGCCACACGAAGAAGAAUGAUUUGUCAUCUUUUCAUUGACUUUGCUCUGGUGCUAUGCAGAUGAGGGCAGUGUGAAAUCCCGAGACGCUUUUAUUACGAGCGUGACGAAACCCGGACUGCCCUGUACUACAACGUUGGCAAGGAAACCGCCUUUACGACCGGACCCGAGUCCUGUGGAAUGACGACUCUGGACGCUGAGUAGCUAGCUAGGACACAAAUUCCUCUGCAAAUUGAACUGUGCUAGUUAUGUCUUCUGGGAUGACUGGGCAGACACCGUGCCUAACCAGUAGCAGCAGAUGGGAUCAGCCUGCUCAGCCCAAAACGAGGGUAGACGUCGAGCAAGGCUUCGCAUCCUCUGUGGCGACCGCCCAGACCUGCACAUCGGCCCCUACGACCCCUCAAUCAGCCCAGCACCCUGUAGCCGGCCCACUGGUGCCCCAGACCUUGCGGGGGGACAUGCCAGCAGCACAGGGGGGAGGCGUGGAGAUGGCUGCGGCUAUGGCUGCUAAGAUCAAUGCUAUGCUGAUGGCCAAGGGAAAACUGAUGGUUCCUCCGCCACUACCUGGCAAGAUCCCUCCGUGUAUGCCGGCUGCCAGUGGUGGAGACGAGACUGUGGUGACAGAGGUGGACAUCAACGAUGUGCCCAUCAACAGCAGAAACCUGCUCACCAAAGGAAAAACACAGGAAGAGAUUCGUCAGUUCAGCGGUGCAGUAGUCUCAACCAGAGGCCACUACAUGACCAGUGCAGAGAAGUCCCAUGGAAAAGGAGUAGAAAGGCCUUUGUAUUUGCACGUCCAGGGAAAGAGCCAAGAGGAGGUCAACAAGGCAGUGCUGAGGAUAAAGGAGAUCAUCUCUGAGGAUGUGUUGAGGACAGCUGCAGCGUUAGGAUCCCAGCUGAGACCCGUCAUACCCCCCCUGCCUCUCUACCCCCAGGCCCCUCGCCCCAUGGCUGCCCUCCAUCCACACCUGCCCAGGAUGCCUAGUGUCAACCCUCCCUUGCCACACGGACACCGGCCUGCCGCGCCACACCAAGGGAGUUUUGUGCACGUCAAGAUCUUUGUGGGUCUGGACCAGGCCCUGCCCUCGUUUAAUGUGAAUGAGAAGGUGGAGGGUCCCGGGGGCAUGUACCUGGCACACAUCCAGACCGAGACGGGAGCCAGAGUGUUCCUCAGGGGGAAAGGCUCGGGGUACAUAGAACAGGCCUCACGACGGGAGUCCUUCGAACCACUCUACGUCUACAUCAGCCACCCCUACUCCACAGGGCUGGAAGCUGCAAAGAAACUCACAGAGAGCCUGUUGGAAACUGUGAGAGCUGAACAUACCCGCAUGGUCUCCAUCUACACAGCCACCGGCUCCACCCAACCAUACCCAGCUCAUGGAUACCCAGCUAAUAGCACUUACUCUAGCCAGGGCUGGUGCAGCAGCAGUGGUUACCCAGGGUGUAACGGGCUGGGGCUGGCUGGGGGCUAUGCUGCCUCUACCAGCUACCCCACACCGCCAGGACCCGCUGGCUAUUGGACUAGUGCUGCUAGUGGUCAGCCCAGUCAAUCUAACCUGUCGACAAACCCUCCAUCUUCUCAGGCUAUGGUUCAGUAUCCUGUCUGUCCCAGGAAGACACACCCAUACCUAUUACAGGACCCUGGGUGCAGUGACCAGACGGAGACUGACCUGUCGUCAUCCAGCUCUACUCGGACAGGGACAGGAAGUCCUAAACGACGCUUCCAGGAAAAGACUGAGGAUGAGCAGGCCUCUCAGCCUGCCAGCAGCUCACCCGAGGCCCCGGUGAGAGAGAAGUCUCCCCCUCUACCUUCAGCAGCUCUGAGAGAGGAAGAGCGAGGACAAGGAGCUGAAAGGAUGUUGAUGCCACCUCCUCUCCCUGUGUUUCUGGCCCCCGGCCCUGUGGCACGCAAGAGACCCAGAGAGACGGCAGUACCAGUGGUCCCACCCAGUCUACCAACCAGCACCCCCGCAUCACAGGAUUCUCCCCAGGAGGUGAUUGUGAAGAAGAUAAAGGUAGUGGAGAAACCUUCAGGUUUAGUGCCCUACGGAGGUGGGGUAAUGGACACUUCAUGCCUAGUACCCUACGGUGGGGACUCUUCUGAUGAGGGAGAGGACUCCUAGCAAUGCUGGGGUUGCAGUGAUCAGUGUUCAGCCCAAGGCUAGCUAGCGCUGUUAUUACCAUCAUCGACUGCUGUACUGUGGGACCUUGAACAGAGCGUCGCACUGCUACAGCCCUGCCCCAAAAACAAAGGAAUGCUACUUUAUGUUAUUAUAAAUAUUAAAGAUUAACGACAGUUUUCAUUUGAAAGGGUCCUUUUUAUUUCAAAUCUGAAAAAGCAUAUGUGGUUGUCCAUCUACGACCGAGCCUGCGCUACGACCGAAUUCUUCAACCUGCUUUACACCAAUUCACUGAUUAUUAUGUUGUAUAUAAUGGAAAAUGGUGUGAAUCUGUUCCCAUGGAAUACUGUAAUAAAUGGAUUUGGAAACAGC